UCGGACGCCAAAGGGCUAUCGUUAAAGGUUUUGCGAUGCAUUCGAUGUACCGUACCUGUGUUGGUUCGCAAUUAAACGCGAAGCGGUGCAAAAAUUUGUCCAAAUAUUUUGCGAGCUAUUUUUUGCCCCCCCCGGGGAGGUCGCAUUGGACACGUAGUACACCCCUUGGGACCACAGCAAGCAUCAGAGUGCAUCAGGGAACGGCGAUCGAUAGUGCGUGAGCUCGAAGAGGGGUGUCAACCAGUGUAUUGUGAUCUAUUUACCCAAUUGUUGUUCAAAGGCAAAUGUGUCUCUUUAAAGUGGUGAAAUAGUGUGUGAGCUAGCGUUGAGCUAAGUCCAUCCGUCUUCAGCCGUCUCCUCAUCCAGUGAACUACUUACAACGAAACGAAGACGCCCGUCAGCGGUCAGUGAGUGUGGACCGCGCCCGAGUUACCAGUUGGCAGGUGAUCGUGAUCCUGAGAGUGACCAGCACAUCCUGACGAGCGAAGUACGGCGACCCGAACGGAAGAGGGAAAGGUGUCAGUGAGUGUGAUAAAAAAAAAGAUUUGUGAACAACAAAAAUGAAAACAUUUAACACCCGGGAUCACAGUGAACGAAAGUGAUACUGAACUGUGGAACCGAUCGACGACACAAACCCCGAUCGAACGGCGUGUGAAGAAACGCGAAGCGGCGAAGUUAUAUAUUAGAUCAGUGAAAGUGACAACAACAACACGAAGCAAAGCCAAUCUCAUCGGCAUCUCAGCGAAAGUGACGAAACGUUAUCAACUGUGACGACUGUUCUACCUUCACUAACAGCCUCACGAUGGGAGCCGACUCGCAGACGAAAACGAUCCUGUGCGCAAAAACACCCGAACUCAUCGAGACGGCCGAGAUGGCCGACCGCAAGCCAGAACAAUCACAGACUGACCCACAGAGCCGUGCGCCGGCGGCCGACACGCUCGUCGCGGAACUGUCCCAAUCCGACUCCACCCUAUCCGGGGCACAGUUCGAGAAGGCGCUCCAGACCUGCAGCAAUGCGGUGCACGAGGCCGAGGUCGACCGGAAGCUGAAGGAGAUUGGAUCCGCCACACCGAUCCUGCCGUCGGAGAUCGGUACGGACUUCAACUUUAAGCGAGAAAUUGUCUGGAAGAAUGUGAUCGGUUUCCUGCUGCUGCACAUCUGUGGCUGGGUUGGGUUGCAUCUGGCUUUCUGGCGAUACUGUGACUACCGUACAACGCUUUACACAAUGUGGCUCAUGUACGCCUCAGGACAGGGUGUAACGAUGGGUGCCCAUCGACUCUGGUCUCACCGGGCGUUCAAGGCGAAGCUUUGGCUGAGGAUCAUCCUGCUGUGGAUGCAUACGCUGGCCGGACAGAACUGCCUGUACGUGUGGGUACGCGACCACCGACAGCACCACAAGUUCUCGGACACGGACGCCGACCCGCACAACGCGAACCGUGGAUUCUUCUUCUCCCACAUCGGAUGGCUGCUGUCCCGCAAGCACCCGAAGGUGAUUGAGUACGGCAAGAAGAUUGACAUGUCCGAUCUAGAGGCAGAUCCGCUGAUCAUGUUCCAAAAGAACCAUUACAAACUUCUCUACACGAUUUUCGCCCUGUUUGGCCCAACGGCUAUCCCGGUCUACUUCUGGGGAGAAAACCCCUGGUACGCGCUGUUCGUGGCGUUCUUCUUCCGUACGGUGCUCAGCCUGAACGGAACCUGGUCGGUGAAUAGUGCGGCUCACAUGUUCGGAACACGUCCUUACGACAAGACCAUGUGGCCGGUGGAGAACAUGUUUGUGUCGUUCGUGGCAGUGGGCGAGGGUUGGCACAACUAUCACCAUGCCUUCCCGUGGGAUUACCGCGCAUCGGAGUACGGAACGCCGCUCAAUCUCACCGGUACGCUUAUCGAUCUGUUGGCAAAGUUUGGUGCGGUGUACGAUCGCAAAACGGCCACUCCGAACAUGGUUAAAAACCGCGUGAUGCGUACGGGCGACAAGUCCCACCAUACGUACGGUACGGACGAGGGCCGCAGCGCGUUCACCACGCUGUGGAACAUCUGGAAGCAUCCGUCCAAUCCGACGUACAACUCGAUCCACACGCCCAAGCCCAAGAUACUGCAGUCGGACGGUUACGCGCUUAUUCCGGACGAGCUGAAGCAGUCCGAACGGGACGAGGACAUUCUGUCGAAGGAGAACGAGGAGCUGAUGAGACGCCAGCAGGAGGAAGAGAACCGCACGACGGAAGCGAACCAAAUCUACAACAAGCUGUCGAAAUACAUCAAGGAACAGCAGCAGUCGGUGCCGGAAUCGGUGGACGAGCUGCUGCUGCAGCAGUCGAACAAUAACGUCGAGAAGACUGCGGCGGGACACCCGGGCAAGGCGGCACUGAACGUCGUCGACUGCAAUGACAAUGCGCUCGUGAAGCGGAAAGUGACGACGGACGCAUCCAGUCACCAUUAGACAAUAUGGGAGGGGCUGGGUGGCUACUACUACUACCGUUAGUCAUGAUUUCGUUCGCAUUAGUCGCCCGCAACACAAAAAAAAACGAGCAUGCGCAUCGGUUCGAUCUCUACUCGCAUUCAACAAGCACUAGCUCGCUAUCUAGCAGCAGAAACCUGGACCCGGGACCCUGGGCCUGGGCCACCUCUGCCGGUACGAAUCGAUCCUGCUCGCUGGGCCACACUUUACUUUUAAACACAUUGACACACACAUUCGCGGGUGCUCAGUAGCCUAGCCCUGUCUGUGUCUGCAAGGAGCUGCUGCUCAAUGAAAUACCAAAUGUACAGAGGACGCUCGUUCCAUAAAUUUGCUGCACAAUUCUGCUCUCAGAACCAAUCAAGGGGAUGGACAACGACAGCACAGCACAGGGCUGUGGCCCAAGCCUGCUGUAUACACAUAAGAAGCAUAAGAAGAGUUGUGAUGUUUUAUACUUGCUCACCGAACGUUUUAUCAUCUUUACAAUCAUCAUCUAUUUCACGCGAGGACCACAGGCAGGUGACAUUGGCGACACUGUGCAUCCUUUCCGCGGAUUAUAACGAUAGGUGACCUUUGGAUGAUAACGCGUUUACCCUACCUUUACCGCCUAAGCUAACGUAAGCUAACGAAGAAGGACGGAGCGCACGGGAUGUUAGGUCGUGCCGUUCUUCGCCUGUACAGAGCAGCAACGUCUCAUGUACAGAUGUUUGUGGGGAUUCUACUCUUUCCUUUUGGGGUGGGGAUUACGACACAAGAAAGCUAAAUAAAACAGAAUUAAAACAAAAACACAUAA